CUCAAUUCAUCGAUUGAUUAUCAGUGUUUUUUAGACAUCAACGAUGGUGCUUUCUAAGACAGCUUCUCAAACUGAUGUCUCUGUUCAUUCAACUUUUGCCUCUCGUUAUGUCCGAAACUCACUUCCAAGGUUCAAAAUGCCGGAAGAGUCGAUACCGAAAGAAGCCGCGUAUCAGAUCAUCAACGAUGAACUGAUGCUCGAUGGUAACCCGAGGUUGAACCUUGCCUCUUUUGUCACCACCUGGAUGGAGCCUGAAUGCGAUAAGCUUAUCAUGGAUGCCGUUAUCAAGAACUACGUCGACAUGGACGAAUACCCCGUCACCACCGAGCUUCAGAACCGUUGUGUGUGGAAAUGGUCGAUGAAAACACCAUUUGUGUUGCAGCAAUCCUGGGAUCAACCCUUAAUGGAGAAUUUGAAGAUAUGGGAUACCCCAAUUCAUGUUGAUGCUGCUAGUGGUGGAUUCAUUGCACCAUUUUUGUACCCAGAACUUGAAUGGGAUUUCAGGCUUCCACUUGUAAAGAGCAUUAAUGUGAGUGGCCACAAAUAUGGUCUGGUUUAUGCUGGUAUUGGUUGGGUUAUCUGGAGAAGCAAGGACGAUUUGCCUGAUGAACUUAUUUUCCAUAUCAAUUACCUUGGAGCUGAUCAACCCACUUUCACUCUCAAUUUCUCCAAAGGUUCCAGCCAAGUCAUUGCUCAGUAUUACCAGCUAAUCCGAUUGGGUUACGAGGGAUACAGGAAUGUGAUGGAGAACUGUCAUGAAAACGCCAUGGUCCUAAAACGAGGAUUGGAGAAAACAGGGCUGUUCAACAUCGUGUCAAAGGACGAAGGGGUCCCGUUGGUGGCGUUUUCUCUCAAGGACAACAAGCGUCACGAUGAGUUCGACAUAGCCGAGAUGCUACGCCGGUUCAGGUGGAUUGUGCCGGCCUACACCAUGCCGGCAGACGCGCAGCACAUCACCGUGCUGCGCGUGGUCAUAAGGGAAGACUUCUCCCGAACCUUGGCAGAGAGUCUCGUGAAGGACAUAGAGAAGGUGCUGCACGAACUCGAUACGCUUCCUGUCAAGGUUAAUGCCAAGCUGGCUAUGGCCGAGGAAGAGCAUAGCAAGAAUGGCACUGUGAAGAAGACCGCCAUUGAAACCCAGAGGGAAAUUACUGCUUACUGGAAGAAAUUUGUCAGCGAGAGGAAGACUAACAAGAACAAGAUAUGUUAGAAAGUUAUUGUAACACCAAGUUUUUUUAUUUUUAAUUUAUCACUAUG